AUGCAGCCACGCCUGCCGAUUUUUAACGGUCAAUUCGUUGAGGUCGAAGUGUUUUACCAGAAAAUCAAUGAAGCACCGCAAAUCUACCGCAAACAGGUAAAAUUAAUUUUCACCAUUUUCUCAUCAAAUAUAGAAAAUUUUCUGUUCGCCGAACUUCAACAGCUUCCUCUUCCUGAUCCGAAUCUGUACACCAUGAAAUCACUUCAUAACAUUAAAAAUGUUGUUGCCGAUGCAAUGCACGCACUCGGAUUCGAGAUAAAUAAUCCGGGAAAGAAGGAAAUUGAAAAAAAAAUCGACAAUAUUAUCACUAGAGGUCUCUCGGAUAUUCUUGGAAACGAAUUGAAAGACUACAGUGGUUUUGUUCACAAAUUCAGUUAUCAGUACACCGAACGCUUUCACUUUGUUCUCGACGAGAAAAAAGGAAUUUUUCGACUGAAGCAGGAGACGGACAGUGAGAAGCAGAUCAAACAAGUUCACGUCAACUUGGAUAUCGACCCGAAAAAAGAGCGCCACUAUGCCAUUCUUCAAAACGAUGAUAAUUCUGAAAACGGUGUCGUGGGAUUGUCGUUGAUGCGCUAUCCAGAUCCGGACGUCGUCGAGUUGCCUGAUCACGACGAGGACAGACUCAAACGAAUUUACAUCGAGUUCCUCAAAGACUACAAAAACGGAAAAUUUGUGAUCUCAAAGCGAAACGUCUACGCCCGCAAUAAGCCGACUGUUGCACCGGCUUCAUUUCCGAUGAAUGACACAAAUUCCGAUAAUGAUGAUGAGGAGAGCGGUGAUGGAGAAAAUAAGGCUGAAAAGAAGAAGAUGAAGAAGCAUAACAAGAAUAACAAGGGCAAGAAAGGAAAUAAGGGGAAGAAAUCCCGUUGCAAUUAG